AUGGUUUCUGACCAACCAAGUGAGGACAUACAAACGUUCAGUCAAGUGGGCGCUGAACGAUCGGCCAGUCACGAAACGCAGAAAAAAAACGGUAUUCAGCCAGUAUCGGGAUUCAACGGUUCGCGGUUCACUGAACCGGACAGAAACGGUGAGGUGGGUGAUAGGGAGCUCUAUCCGACCGUUGACAAACAGGAAGAUAAAUAG